AUUUCAUUAUAGCUUGUUGUCUCUUUGGGGCUUGGGCGCGAUUCGGCAAAUUGCGGAGGUUAAAAAUAAAUAAGUAGCUAUGUCUGGAAAAUUACCGAUCACCUUUGUCAAGGGCUUUCACGACGAGGAGCAAGUGAAGCGAAUGGAGUACAGCACGCUCGGUAAAACGGGCCUGGAAAUCUCUAAAGUCGCGUUCGGUGGCGGAGCUCUCUGCGCUAACUACGGCUUCGAUCUGGAUGAGGCCAUUCAAACAGUGCACGAGGCACUGAAGGCUGGCAUUAACUACAUCGACACAGCUCCCUGGUAUGGCCAAGGCCGUUCAGAGGAGGUGCUCGGCAAGGCAUUAAAAGAUGUGCCAAGGGAAGCCUACUACAUAGCCACCAAGGUGGCACGCUAUGAGCUGGACUACGAACACAUGUUCGAUUUUAGUGCACGGAAAGCUCGCGAGAGCGUGGAAAAGAGCCUACGGCUGCUGGGCCUGGACUACGUAGAUGUAAUACAGAUUCAUGAUGUCGAAUUUGCUGAAAACUUGGACGUAGUUCUCAACGAGACUUUGCCAGCGCUGGAACAGCUAGUCAAAGAGGGCAAGGCCAAGUUUAUUGGCCUCUCCGCAUAUCCUUUAUCGGUGUUAAAGGAGUGCAUUUCCCGUGCCGAGGGCAGAUUCGAUACGGUGCUUACAUAUGCACGCUACACGCUUUUGGACGACUCGUUGGUCGACUACAUGGACUUCUUCAAGUCCCAGAAUCUGGGCAUUAUUUGUGCAGCUGCACAUGCGUUGGGUAUGCUGACCAAUGCCGGACCCCAGCCUUGGCAUCCGGCCGGCGAUGACCAGAAGGCCAUAGCACGUCAAGCAGCCGAGGAGUGCAUUAAGCGAGAAGUGCAACUGGGCAAGCUGGCCAUGUACUAUACGAUUCAACUGCGUGAUGUAUCCACCUUUCUGGUUGGCAAUCAGACGCGGCAAUUGCUCCAAACGAAUCUGGCUGCCUUUUACCACGGCCUCAGCAAGCAGGAGCAGGAAGUGCUGCAGCAUCUGAGAGAAAACGUCCUGGUAAAACCCUCUCAUUGGGAGGGCAUCGAACUGGAGCGCUACUGGGCCGCACUGAAAAAGAAAUAGAUGACCUUGGCUUGCCGACAACAAACCCUUUUUUAAUA